CUUCUUCCCUUGAAUUCCGGACUGUUUGAUUUCCCUGAGAAAGUUUCAAGCUUUUGUUUUUCUGGGGGGAGAGGUUUGAUUUUGCUGAAACGGAAAAAAAGGAGGGUGCACGCAAUCUCUGUGCUACCGAUGCCAGACACUCGGCAGGCUCAGAAGAAUGCCGCUCCCAAUCAAUCCGAUGGCAACGUUGAAGAGGCGUUUUGGCAGUUGACAAUCAAUGAGAAUCAAGACGGGGGCGGUGUAGCUCAAUCUAACCUAUACCCUGAUCGUCCGGGGGAGCCGGAUUGCAUAUAUUAUUUGAGGACUGGGUUGUGUGGUUAUGGCAGUAAUUGUCGUUUCAAUCACCCUAAAUAUGCUUCACAGGCUGCUCAGUACAGUGGAGAACUCCCUGAAAGAGUUGGACAACCUGACUGUGGGUAUUAUCUGAAGACAGGGACUUGCAAAUAUGGAUCAACCUGUAAAUUUCAUCAUCCAAGGGACAGGCGUGGAGCUGGACCAGUGUUAUUCAACGUUUUAGGACUGCCCAUGCAUCAGGAAGAAAAAUCAUGCCCGUAUUACAUGCGAACUGGAUCAUGCAAGUUUGGACCUGCGUGCAAGUUUCAUCAUCCCCAGCCUCCAUCACUGACUACUGCCUUACCUGCUUUUGGAUCUACAGGCUCAUCAGUUGUGCCUUCUUCAGGUGUACCUUACACAGGUGGACUUUCUGCAUGGUCGUUUCCAAGAGCACCAUAUGUAGCAGGCCCACGAAUAGCAACUCCUCAACCUUACAUGCCUGCAGUUGUUCUUUCUCCACCUCAAGGUGUUCUACCUGCCCAUGGCUGGAAUACAUAUGUGGGAAACUUGAGCCCUGUGUCUUCUACUAGCAUUCUUGGAUCCAAUCUUACGUACAACUCUAGGGGUCAGGGGGAAUCGGCUUCCAAUGGGCAGGUUCACUUGCCAUCAAGUCCUAACCUUCCGCAGAGACCUGAUCAACCUGAGUGCCGGUACUAUAUGAACACUGGAACAUGCAAAUAUGGAGCAGAAUGCAAAUACCAUCACCCAAAAGAAAGGAUUGCAGAAUCCGCUACAAACCCACUUGGGCUUCCUUCAAGACCUGGUCAACCUGUAUGUUCAAACUACAUCAUGUACGGAAUCUGCAAGUACGGACCAACUUGCAGAUUUGAUCACCCCUUUAUGGAACAGUCCGGUAACUAUAGUUUCGGUAUGCCUAUGCUGGUUGACCCGUCUCCGCUAAGUUAUCCAAGAAGCUGGAUAGCUCCCCAAGGAUUUGAGAGUUCCCCCUCUUCUAUAUCAUCAAAAUUUCCUGAUCAGGUCCAAAAACCAGAGAGUGAAAAAUAUCAGAACUCAGAAACAAAGGUUCCAGAGGAAUCCCCUGAACAAGCUGCUGGCACUUCACCUCCGUCACCAUCUUCCUCCGAAACUGUACAAGACCAAUCUGGUUGAAGCCCAGAAAUAUUUUUUUUUGGUGCACCUUGUUUAUUUUUUAUAUCAGUACCUUGAAAGGAUGAAUAUUUAUUACACAUUAUUUCCUGCCCCCCAUUUUCACCUGCAAAUCUGAGGAAAGGGGGAUAGGUUGUUUGGAGAUCGAUUUGAUGAGCUAAAGCCGGGGGUGCAUGGAAGGCAAAUUUUUUGUGGUGAAUAAAACGCAGGUGGGAAAUUGUAAUAUUCCCUUUCUCUUUU